UUGUCAGAAUGACCCUCCGCGUUUGCCGUAGUCUUGCUCCUACUGCCUACUGACCGCUGCUUUGUGUACGAAUUGGUGUAAAAUAUUCUCACAUCUUCAAUUUUUAGCGUUAAUGCGAGUAGUUUAACGAUAUUUAACGACCAUUUUAUUUUUAGUAGUAUAUCUAUGUUUUGUUACCGAGCAGACGUGUUGUUUGGUUAUUAGCUAACUUCUGUUAGCUUGCGUGUUUAUCGGAGUGUGUUUUUCCGUUUACCUUAUGUUUACAGGUUGUGUUUAAAAUGGCUAAUGACCGAUUGAGAUUACUAGAAGACGUGGAAAAGGAGAUCGCGUUAGUUCUGCAGAGCGCUGGAACUAUUGUGCUGGAGCUUUCCAAAGAAAAAGCGAAUGCAAAUUUGUUAGACCGACAGCUGAAUCAGUUCCAGACCUCCAUCAAUAGAGUAGAGAAUGAACUCAGUGCACAGAUCAGAUAUCUGACACAGGUUGCAACGGGUCAGCCUCAUGAAGGAUCGACAUACUCAGCCAGAAAGGACUGCCAGAUGGCCUUAAACCGAGCAGAAUACGCCCGUGUUAAACUGGGAGACCUGGCACGGACCUGUGAAAUGAUGCUUGAUCCACAGACAUAAAGGCAACCAUUUUAUGGACUAUGGUUUUGUGAAAUCUGACUGUAAUCCUGAUGGUAAAGGCCAAACUACAUAUCAAGAGUUUGAAUACUGCCUCCAACGCUGUCGACAACAUUCUUAUUUUGUAUGGAAAAACUCAGAUAACCAACCAAAUGUUUAACUCUAAAAAUUGGCUGUGGAAUUUUCUGAAAGCCUUCGUUGUGUUUUUACUUAUUUUGUUACCGCUAUUUAAUAAUUUAGUCUAAAAAUAAAACGUUUUUUUUCCCAGUA